AUGCUUUUUCUCCUGAGACAAUUUGUCACGGCAUGUAAGGCCAGUGCACUUGGCAUAGUCAAAGAGUGGUGUCAAAAUCCAUCAUUUUUACAGAAUGCAAGAAAAAUAGCAGAUUUGAUUGCGAAAAUUGCAAUGCUGCAAACAACUCACCUUAUCCUGGAUGCUGUUGAUGAAAUGGAAAAUUCAAGUGAUAUCUUAAAUUGCGUCACGCAGCUCGCCGAGUCUGGAGUUCGAGUUUGUGUCACCAGCCGAUGUCUUCCGCACAUUGAGAAAAAGAUGAAAGACGCGAAGAGACUGGAGAUCGCCAGCAAUACUUCUGAUAUAAUCCUAUACGUUAAAGAAAAGCUGAGGGACAGUGAUUUUGAAGAGCUCAGCGAAAAUGAUGAAGUCAUGAAUGAAAUUCUUUCGCGAGCUGGAAACCUGCUGACCGCAGGAAGCUUUUUACUUGCUCGUCUUACCUUGAAUCAGGUAUUGGGUCUCACCACAACCGGUCAGAUACGCAAAACCCUCCAAAGAAAACCUCAAAAUCUCAAUGAGGCAUUUCAAGAAUCAAUGCAGCGAAUUGAUGCCCAAUCUGAAGCCAGGAAGACCCUGGCACGGCGUCUACUGUCCUGGAUAACUUUUGCUCGAAGACAAUUGACAGUAGCAGAAGUGACUUGUGCCUUUGCCGUGAGCGAAAAAGAGCUAAACGAAGAUGAAAAGCCCAGCAUACCUCUUCUUCUUCGAGUAUGCGUGGGACUAGUCGUCUUGAACAACAACGACAACUCUUUUCAAUUGCUACAUGCAUCCGCAUAUGAGUAUUUUAGUUUGAGCUUUUCAAAUGCAGCAGAAACUCACUUUGACAUUGCACGAACAUCUUUGAAUGCUCUUUGCUUGGAAAGUUUUAAUUCUCAACCAUGCACUUCUCCAUUGGAGCUGAUUGAAAGGCUUGAUAGUUUAAGCUUCAUUGAAUAUGCUGCAAAGUACUGGGGAGAACAUACUCUGCACGGAUCUAAUGAGGAGCUAUUGGAGCCAUUGGUUAUGAAACUUUUGAACGACGACAACCUUAGUGCCAAUGCUUUUCAAAUAUUGUUAUUUGGUCGGGAUUAUGCAAACUCAGCUGCUAAAGAUGAGCUCUUCGCCUCUUUGCCAGUGCGUCAGACAAAGGUCCACGUCGCAGCAAACUGGAACUUGACAAGAGCCUUGAGGAUAUUCUUGAGAACUGGGGUGGAUGCUUCUCCCAAGGAUUCCCAUGACUGGACCCCCUUGCAUUGGGCCUGUUCUAAUGGGAACUUUUUGGCUGCAGAAAUUCUACUCGAGAACGGCGCUUCUGUUAAUGCACAGGACAUGCAGGGAUGGACGCCACUUUUUUGGGCUGCCUUCAUUGGAAAGCUUGACUUGGUUCGACUUCUUCUCUCCAAAGGCGCAAGCUAUGGAAUUACGAGUUCUCUCGGAUGGACGGCAUUGCACUGGGCAAUAUCCUGUGGACAUUUUGAAAUCGUCAAAGAGCUUCUGAAACACCAUUCACGCGCCCCGGAUGUCAACAUUGGCUAUGCUCAUAUGUCCAUGGACGAGAUCAGAAGUUUCUACAAGGAGCCUCCUCCUGUUGUUUUAGCAGCGGAUUAUUCCAGUUCCCAGCUUUUUGGGCUUCUCGUUGGUCACCUCGAAACGCCUGGAGCAGAAGUCAGUGACAAAACAUUCAACGGGAUCUGGAAGAGGCAGAGAUUUGACUCUCCUGUGUCGCAGAAUAUAUGGAGAUCAACGCGAAAGUCGCAAAGGGUCGCCACCGCGAAGCUGGCUCCGACUCCAGACCAGGAUCAAAUGCACUGUGAAGUGGAAUGGAAGUCAAUUUUACUAGCUUCAGCAAUACGCGCCGACCAACUCUCGACGGUUCAGUUGCUUUUGGAGACUGGAGCAGAUGCCAAUAGCUACCACGCAAUACAUUUGGCAGCAUAUCGCAAGGAUCCUAGCUACGUGAAUUGUCUGCUUGAGAGGGGUGCUGAUCCGACAUCUGUCGAUAACUUUGGGCGAACUGCCUUGCAUGAAGCCGUCAUGCAUGGGUUCGUAGAAACCACCAUUGCUCUCAUAAAUGGAGGAUGCGACGUGAACAAACAAGUUGGUCCGAAGUGCUACACGGAUUACCACAUAAGAGUCGCUCAGUUUGAAUUGUCACCGGACGUUCGUCAUGCGUAUCCUCUGAUGCAAGCUUGCGGGCAUUUCCUCAGCUACGAUCACCGGGAGAACCAUGAGUCUCUACUGAGAAAUAUGGAACUAAGUACACAACUAGUUGAAGCACUGCUCCUAGGGGGAGCAGAUCCUAAGAUGAAAGAUCAGAGGGGCAGAACUGCUCUUCAUUAUGCUAUACUGCGGCCGCAUUUACCCCUAGUUAAGCUUCUUGUUGAGAAUGGGUGCCCUAUAGAUGCAGCAGACGCUAGCGGCCGUAUUCCUCUUCACUAUCUCGCUCGAUGCGAUGAGAGCUUCGUCCAACCGGAAGACCUGGAAAAAAUAGCUCGAUUACUCGUCACUUAUUCAGAGGGCAAAGGUGCAACCCAACCCAAACUUCUGAACAAGUCAGAACUCAUAACGCCUGAUAAAACGCAAGAAAAAUGUCGGGACAUACCACGAACCGCCUUGCAUGUUGCCUUUACCGGGGCUCGAUGGAAAACAGUGCGGGUUCUCCUAAACAUUCAGGCAGAUUUUCCCACAACCCUUGAAAUGAAUUCAACAAUUGAGCUCGCCAUCAGAGAUUUGAAAACGGAUAUGGUGGAUCUUCUUGUCUCACACGGAGCUUUGCCUCCCCCAAAUGGCGUCGCAGUACUUAUCGAAUCAGUCCUUGCACGCAAAAAGCAACCAAACCGAGACCAUUGUCAAUCUUCUGAUACUGAUCUUGAUAUUCAAUUUGAAAGGAUUCUGGGAACAAUAAUUCAUCUCGGCGCAGACGUUAACUUUGAUACGACUCCUUCCAGGCGAGCCUACGUGUCUCCGUGGGACCCUAUUGGAGGAAGUCCUCUGACUCUCAUAGCAAGGAAGCCUGGAUCGAGCAAGAUGAUACAAAUUUUACUCUCUUUUGGUGCUGAUCCCUAUUCGUCAUCAAUGGAAACCUUUGAUCCGAUACUAACAGCAGCGUUGCUUGGCAAUCUUGAUGGUCUGUGUUGCCUACUGGAAUUUGCUACAAAACACCCCAACCCUUUGCAUUGGUCAAUUCACCUGGGAACUUUCCCUGAAGAUAUGUGCCCCAUUAUGCGGGUAUGCUCCUGUUUGGAAACAGCGGGAGUCCUCGCCAAGUUAAAUAGCCACGGCUGCACGUUGUUGGACCUAGCGAUUGAAGAGGAAAAUGACUGUUUGAUACAUGACCUGGAGUCAAAAGGCUGUAUGAUUGAUGCUGCACAAAGUAAGACCACUUUUGCCAUUCAAAACCCCACCUUGAUGCUCAAGGGCCGCACUUCUAAUGGAAAUAGAAGAGACUCGAAUCAGACCGUUCGCAGGAUUAGGGAAGCCAACCAAUCGAAGAUCUUGCAUCUUUUGAAGAUGGGCCUGGACCCAAAUUGGACUUUGGAAAUUUAUACUAAAGACAGAAACUUCUUCCGAAGUGCCCGUGCCCUCGAGCCUCCUGGAAAGUCGAUUAGUGUACCUCUUCUUUGCUAUGGAGCAGAAAGAGGCUAUUCCAGACUUAUAUCCCAUCUGCUUGUGCACGGUGCCAAAAUUGAGGCUGCGGAUACCGACGGAUGGCGCGCACUACAUUAUGCUUCUUUCAAUGGUUAUUUGGAUAUUGUCCAAAUAUUGAUUCAACAUGGGGCUGACGUACAUACUACAACCCGUGCGCAAAAAUCUAGUUCCAGGCUGGGAGGCUACGUGAAAAAUGGAACCUGGAGAGCACAGGCCCAUCACCUGGCUGCAAUCCGUGGCCAUUCUCAAGUUUUCAAAGUUUUGCUUGACAGUCAUAUUGAUGUGAACGCAAGAAUACACGGAGAAGCUGAAAAUGCAUCCACAGAUCCAAAGUCCAUUUCACAGGAGUGGACCUCUCAACCCCAACUCUACCACUUUGACCCUGGCUUUGAAGGGCAAACCGCGCUUCAUCUUGCACUCAGACACGGACCUGGCUCAUACUUUAAGGAUUACCCAUCGGAUGAAAGUCGACUGCAGAUUGCCCAAUGGUGUGUUGAAGCAGGUUGUAUGGUUCAGGGACUUGUUGAAGACUUUUCUUCUCCAGACAUAAUUUUGAGGCUGCAAAAGUUCCCCGCGUUGUGGGACUCUCUUAGAUCAGGAAGCAGGUAA